GACAAAACAAAUGGCUCGGCUUCCUGCAGGCCACCUAAACAGCUAUCGCAAUGUGGGCAUUGAUCAAGCCAGCUGCCAGGGCAGCGGGCGCAGGGCUUGGGCACUGGAGCCCAGCCCCGGACCGCACCUCCAGCAGUGCUGGGUGCAGAAGGCAGUCACUGUGGCAGUGGAGAGAAGGAGUGUGUACCCAGACACGUGUUGCUUCUGGGGUAAGGUUCUGAAGGCUGAGUAGCCAGCGGGAUGCCCGGCUUGCUGAAUUGGAUCACGGGGGCAGCCCUGCCCCUCACCGCAUCUGAUGUCACCUCCUGUGUCAGUGGUUAUGCCCUGGGCCUAACUGCCUCCCUCACCUAUGGCAACCUGGAAGCCCAGCCCUUCCAGGGCCUCUUCGUGUACCCCCUGGAUGAGUGCACCACGGUGAUCGGCUUUGAAGCAGUCAUUGCUGACCGUGUCGUGACAGUACAGAUCAAGGACAAAGCCAAGCUGGAGAGUGGCCACUUCGAUGCCUCCCACGUUCGAUCCCCAACAGUCACAGGGAACAUUCUGCAAGAGGGGGUUUCCAUCGCCCCUCAUUCCUGCACACCGGGAAAGGUGACCUUGGACGAGGAUUUGGAGCGGAUCCUGUUCGUGGCCAACCUGGGGACCAUUGCCCCCAUGGAGAAUGUCGCCAUCUUCAUCAGCACCUCCUCGGAGCUCCCGACGCUGCCCAGCGGGGCUGUGAGGGUCCUUCUGCCGGCUGUCUGUGCCCCAACUGUGCCCCAGUUCUGCACCAAGAGCACUGGCACCUCCAACCAACAGGCCCAGGGCAAAGACAGGCCCUUUUCCAGCAAAGACAGUGCCUGGAAUAAGUUGUGCCUGGCAACUCUCCUGAACACCGACGUGUCCAACCCCAUGGAGUAUGAGUUCAACUUCCAGCUGGAGAUCCGUGGGCCAUGUCUGCUCGCAGGGGUAGAGAGUCCCACACAUGAGAUUCGUGCCGACGCCGCCCCAUCUGCCAGCUCAGCCAAAAGCAUCAUCAUCACCUUGGCCAACAAGCACACCUUUGACCGGCCUGUGGAGAUCCUCAUCCACCCCAGCGAGCCCCAUAUGCCCCAUGUCCUGAUAGAGAAAGGGGACAUGACGCUGGGAGAGUUUGACCAGCACUUGAAGGGAAGAACAGAUUUCAUUAAAGGGAUGAAGAAGAACGGCAGUGCAGAGCGGAAGACAGAAAUCAUUCGAAAACGCCUCCACAAAGACAUUCCCCACCACUCCGUCAUCAUGCUCAACUUCUGUCCCGACCUCCAGUCAGUCCAGCCGUGCCUGAGAAAGGCCCACGGGGAGUUCAUCUUCCUCAUUGACAGGAGCAGCAGCAUGAGCGGGAUCAGCAUGCACCGAGUCAAGGAUGCCAUGUUGGUGGCCCUUAAGAGCCUCAUGCCAGCCUGCCUCUUCAAUAUCAUUGGGUUUGGAUCCACAUUUAAGAGCCUUUUUCCUUCCAGCCAGACCUACAGUGAGGAGAGCUUGGCCAUGGCUUGUGAUGACAUCCAGAGAAUGAAGGCCGACAUGGGUGGGACCAACAUCCUUUCCCCUCUCAAGUGGGUCAUCAGGCAGCCAGUGCACCGAGGCCACCCGCGGCUCCUCUUCCUGAUCACAGAUGGCGCUGUCAACAACACGGGGAAGGUGCUGGAGCUGGUGCGAAAUCACGCCUUCUCCACCAGGUGCUAUAGCUUUGGAAUUGGACCCAACGUCUGCCACAGACUGGUGAAAGGGCUGGCAUCUGUGUCCAAGGGCAGUGCUGAGUUCCUGAUGGAGGGGGAGCGGCUGCAACCCAAGAUGGUCAAAUCCUUGAAGAAGGCUAUGGCCCCAGUCCUGAGCGAUGUGACUGUGGAGUGGAUCUUCCCUGAGACCACUGAGGUCCUGGUCUCACCCAUCAGUGCCAGCUCCCUCUUUCCUGGAGAACGGCUGGUAGGGUAUGGCAUUGUAUGUGAUGCUUCUUUGCACAUCUCCAAUCCCAGAUCUGACAAGAGGCGCCGGUACAGCAUGCUGCACUCUCAGGAGUCUGGCAGCUCUGUCUUCUACCACUCUCAGGACGAGGGACCCGGACCGGAAGGUGGAGACUGUGCCAAGAACUCGGGGGCACCCUUCAUCCUAGGGCCGGCCAAAAAUGCCCGGCUAGUCAGCGGAGAAUCCACCACCAAGCACGAUCUGAACCUCUCUCAGCGACGGAGGGCAUACAGCACCAACCAGAUCACCAAUCACAAGCCCCUCCCAAGAACCACCACAGCAAGUGACCCCAUGCCAGCUGCCAAGAGAUACCCACUGCGGAAAGCCAGGCUGCAGGACCUCACUAACCAGACCAGUCUGGAUGCCCAGCGGUGGCAGAUUGAUUUGCAGCCCUUGCUGAACAGUGGUCAGGACCUGAACCAGGGCCCCAAACACCGUGGCCCAGGGGCCCGAAGGCCCUCUCUGCUGCCCCAAGUCUGCCAGCCCUUCCUGCCCUGGGGCCAGGAGACCCAGGCCUGGAGCCCUGUGAGAGAGCGGACUUCUGACAGCCGAAGCCCCGGAGAUCUGGAGCCGUCCCACCACCCCUCUGCCUUCGAGACAGAGACGUCCUCGUACUGGGAGCCCUCAGCCGAGUCCCAGGAGCGAACCAGUCCCAGCAGGCCCGCCACCCCGGGCCCGGUGCUGGGCAAGGCCCUGGUCAAAGGCCUGCACGACAGCCAACGCCUGCAGUGGGAGGUGAGCUUCGAGCUGGGGCCCCCUGGACCGAAGCGGGGCGGUGCGCGGGAUGCCGACCUAUGGAGCGAGACCUUCCACCACCUGGCGGCCCGCGCCAUCAUCCGCGACUUCGAGCAGCUGGCGGAGCGCGAGGGCGAGAUCGAGCAGGGGUCCAACCGCCGCUACCAAGUGAGCGCCUUGCACACCAGCAAGGCCUGCAACAUCAUUAGCAAAUACACAGCCUUCGUGCCUGUGGACGUGAGCAAGAGCCGGUACCUGCCCACCGUGGUGGAGUACCCCAACUCUGGAGCUGCCCCGCGUAUGCUCAGCUCUCGGGCCCUGGCCCAACAGUGGAGGGGCACCUCUUCUGGCUUUGGACGGCCGCAGACCAUGCUUGGAGAAGAUUCGGCACCAGGAAAUGACAUGGAGGCAAGUCCCACUGCUCUCUUCAGCGAGCCCAUGUUCCCCAGCCGCGAGAAGCACGGUGCUUCUGAAGGUCCCCUGCGCAGCCCGGCCACAAAUACUCUUUCUUCCAUGAAGGCCUCAGAGAAUCUCUUUGGAUCCAGGCUAAAUCUCAACAAGUCCAGGCUACUGACGCGAGCAGCCAAGGGCUUCCUGAGCAAGCCACUGAUCAAAGCUAUGGAGUCGACCUCUGGGAACCAGAACUUCGACUACGUACCACUGGUGUCUCUGCAGCUGGCCUCCGGAGCCUUCCUGCUCAACCAAGCCUUCUGUGAGGCCACGCACAUCCCCAUGGAGAAGCUCAAGUGGACGUCCCCCUUCACCUGCCACCGAGUGUCCCUCACCACCCGCCCGUCUGAGUCCAAGACCCCGAGUCCCCAGCUGUGCACCAGCUCCCCGCCUAGGCACCCCUCCUGUGACAGCUUCUCCCUGGAGCCUCUGGCCAAGGGCAAGCUGGGCCUGGAGCCGAGGGCAGUGGUGGAGCACACUGGGAAGCUGUGGGCCACGGUGGUGGGGCUGGCAUGGCUGGAGCACAGUUCGGCCUCCUACUUCACUGAGUGGGAGUUGGUGGCUGCCAAGGCCAACUCAUGGCUGGAGCAGCAGGAAGUGCCCGAGGGCCGCACGCAGGGCACACUCAAGGCCGCUGCCCGCCAGCUGUUUGUGCUUCUGCGGCACUGGGAUGAGAAUCUCGAGUUCAAUAUGCUCUGCUAUAACCCGAAUUAUGUGUAGUUAGGUGAGGGGGAGGCUGGGCAGAGGGAAGGGCAGGGAGGACAGGGAUGGGCAGGGCCAUGUUGGCCUGGUUUGGGGGAGCUUUUGGAGCUGUAACCAAUAUAUCAGUUACUAGAAAGAGCCCUGGACUGGCAGCCAGGAGGCCUGAGUUCAAUCCCAACUUUGCUACCAUCCAGCCAUGCAACUUUAGGCCAGUCCCUGCCCCCGUCUGGGCCUCUGUUUCCUCAUCUAUAAACUAAGAGGGCAAGAUGAGGGAGGUGGAGUGGAUCUCAGAUGGUUCAGUGGUUCCUUUCUGCCCAUUCAGGCAGUCCCGGGCCGACUGCUGCUGGGGCUGGGGAGGGAAGACGCAGUGGAAGCCUGAGCCCUCUCUGGAGGUAGACGACGUGGGCACAGAAUGCACACAGCAAUGCCCACUCAAAUAAAAGGGUGGAUGAGAGAACCCAGCAACCGCAAGUAACCAGGCCUACAGGCUUGCAUAGGCACAUAGAGACUAGCAAGUCUGGUGCUUAUAGGACAGGCUCUUGUCUCCACGGUAACAGCCUAGGACCCCCCCCUAAAUCCCACUUAAAAGCCAAUUGGAGAAGCAUCCUUCUCAAUGCUUUACAAAAGAGUCGCUCGGGGGCCUUUUGUUUUGGCUAGGAAGCUUCCUUAAUACAUACUAGUAUUGCCUUGCAGAUCAUUAGUGGCUCCCUCACUAAGAAGAGGUGGUGGCAGGACCAGGAGAGACACCUUGUGAGUUGACGUGUUAGAUUUAAGUGACAGUCUGUGCAAAAAUAGUCCUAAAAGAACAGGCAUGGUCACAGAAGUCAAUGAAGACACCAGCCAACAUCUUACUUAAUUUACACACUUUGAGGAAUUGGGUAAAGCGAACUGCAUUACUUGUACUGAGGCACGAGGGAGCCACCACCAAGUAGGUCGCACCAUGGGAUCAGAGGGCCCUCUCGAGCCAUGCCACGCUGUGGGAGAGAGGCACCAUUUUGCAACAGAGAACAUGCUUGGCUGCAGUGCCUUUGGGGAUGGCAGCUCUGGCCAGGGCAGGCCUGAUUUGUUUGGUGAAAUAAACGAAUUGACACUUCAGGCAGGAUCCCCUAGGGGCUUCCCACCCUCAAGCCCACUGUGUGAUGCCUACAUGGGGAAUGGAGUGCUGUGGCCUCAGAUACCCUAAUGGCUGGCAUUGAGCUGCCCAGUCUCCUCUGCCCCACUGACUCCCCUGGAGGUGGGUCUAGACCUCACCAAGGAACCCCACCAGCUUGGGACUUCAGGCUGAAUCUAUCCACCCUAGAAGCCCCCUCCUUCAAGGCCUUAAUCUCUCCUCACCAAAUUCCUGUCCCAACCUUGGAGUGAAGCGCCACAGACUUCCCUCGUGGGAAGGCCUUGAGAGCUUAGCUUAUCAAACCAACACGUGGUGUCCUGUGAGCUCUGGCGCAAGCCCCGGCCUCAGGAAGACUUGAGGGGUGUGCAGCCUCCAGCAGGGGCUGGAGUCAGGGAGGAGCCUCCAGCAGAACGCCCACUGGGCACAAGGGGAGAAAAUGCAGCCCCAACAUGAUAUGGUGCCCUGCCCCUCACCCCCUACCCCUCCAUCUAUGCCACAAGUCUCCCACGAGGGAUUCUCACAGCCCUUUUGAAUACUUAAGAUAAAAUCCCAUUGCUGCCUCGUGGACCGGCUCUGCUUCAGACUUACCCUCUGGGGAGGAACGCAGGCAGGCAGGCCUGGACACUGUGGCCAUCACAACCCCAGGUGGGGCAGGAUGCCAAUCUGGGGUGUUGGCUCAAAGUCAGUGCCACCAAGGCGGGUAAGGGCUUUGGGUUGUCUUGCUCCAGGCUUCCAGGAGAUGUGAGCAGAGCUUUGUCAUCUCCCUGCACGCUCCCCAUCCCCUGCCAAAAUCACUUCUUUAGCUAUGCAGGCAGCAGCCUCAGCUUCAGGGUUAGGGUGGCCGGGGGUGGCAUCUACUUCCUGCACCACAAGUAAUGGGAAAAAAAAUGCCAGGUUUUGAGUCAGAACGCCCAGACUCAGGUCUCAGCCUAGUACUAGUUUGGGCAAGUGGUUUCUCCUCCUAGGUGCCCUGGAUCUGGGGCUUUCUCCUGCUCUGACAGUCCCAGACUCUCUGCCUCUGAGAUGUUUCCCUCUUCGUGAACAUGAAUUUGCUCGAGUUCUCUGUGUGACCUUGAACAAGUGGCGUGUGUGUACUGGGCCUCUUUCCUCCUCUACAUAACCAGGCUGAACUGAGCUGUCCAGCACCUCCCCGCCCUACCAGUUGAGUCUGAUUCUGGGUCUCCAGGCCUCACCGUGGACAAUGGCCAGGGCUCAAGGUGAACCGGUCUGUGCCAGCAUAGAACUAGUGCUAUGAGAUGCCCAACAGGAGCAACCAAGAAAUCCAGCAAGGUGGUGGGCACGCCACCCACUUCUCUAGGAAUGUUCCUCAGACUCUGCUCCCGCACCAGCCACCGGAGCUCUGCAACAUGUUUGAGGCCCAAGAAAACUGCUGAUCUCUGCAACCCUGGCUCCCCUGCCCAGCCCCAAAGGUGCAGAAGAACAAAUCUUCAUUGGUUGCAAAUAACCCAAGAGCUAUGGGGGCAGGUCUGGACAAGAGACAUUUUUAAAGAACUUCGGUGGUAUUGAGAUGACACGCAGCCUCAAAAACGUGCUACCAGGACUGCUAGGCAGAGGACCUAGGGGACUCGCUUUAAGGAAAAGAUAAGAAGCUUCGGUAAUUAGUACAUGCGUUGAAACUAACAGAGUUCUAAAGGUUCUCAAGCAGGGAACACAUUGCCCCUGCAAUCUCAUUUACUUUGGGUUAAUCUGGUUUAACUUGUUAAACCAGCCCUUGCUUUCUAGGUCAUACAAAGGAAUAUUUAUGCCGUGCACUGUCUGAAGAAAGGGCUAAUGCCACCGUAUGACAAAGCCCAGCCUCCAGGCUGCCCUCAGUGGGAAAAACACUAAGCUGAGAGUUGAGGAACCCAAGCAUGGGUCCCAACUCCACCACCAGUGUGCUGUGUGACUUCUGGCAAAUUACUUGCUUUCUCUGAACCCCUGCUUCAUCUUUUGUGGAGUGACGGGGGUUCACAAGAUCAGCAUUUCCGACCCUGUUCCUCACUCAGUUGAGACGUGAAUAAGCAACCUAUGAGAAACUGUGCUAUGGGCAAAGAUGUUGAGGAAGCAGUAGGAGGACAAACUUCUUUAGGUUAGGACAACCUGACCCGUUAAUAUGUUACUGUGCGUUGUCAGGCUCUGAGCAGGUGACCCAGCAGCAGCUCUUCUCUGGUUACUAGGUUGGAAAAUGCUGGUCUAGAUCUCCCUUAGGGCUCCUGGGGCACUGGCAUUCAGAAAGCCUUUACUGGGUGCCUACUGUAUGCCAGGCAUGGCAUACUGGGGUACCAAAGUGAAUAUACGAGGUGCUGUCCCUGUCCUUUUUGGAGCUUGGCAAGGAGCAUUUGAAGAGUCUCUGCUUCAUGAAUCAUUUUCCCACUCCCUGGUUCUCUAGGUGGGUUUGUCUUCACUGGCCCUAGAAUGGUCCUGCCAUCUGUGGGUGAGGCCUCGUAUUAGCACUACCUAGGUACCCUUUGCGCUAACGGCCAGCCCCCUGAGCUUUCAGACACUCAUUUAUGGUAUGGGUCCAGAUGACCACAAUAGCGCAUGGUACUGCACAGCCAGAGGGGAGUUCGUGCUGGGGUCCUCCUUGUCCAGGUGGAGCAGGAAUGUCCCUGCAACACAUUACCCCGAGGGCCCAACCUCCCGCCACACACAGAUGCAGAACCCUGUCUCUGAGGCCCCUCAGCUCGAGACCAACUCCAGAUAUCAGGAUAACUGGGCCCCAUCCUUUGGCAGACUUACACUGGACUUGUCCAUAAGCAGCCUCAGUUUCCAGCCAGCACCCAUGUUUCCCCAGCCAGUCCCCUCUCUGUGGGCAAAAUGAAUGGCAUCCCCUGGCCUUCACUGACCUGAGCUGCCACUCACUGCCACUUGCUGUGGCUGAUGAAUGGACUAGCUGCUUCUAAGACUAGAUUCUGGUGGGCUUUCACCUGCUCUUCAGAGACAUGAAAAGCAAGGGUUCCUCCUUCUCCCUUCCAGCUGGUUCACCAGGAACAGCUGUCAGAAAAGGUUUCUGGAAGUUUCCUCUAGAUCCUGACUUGCCCUCUGUUAAUCCCUACCCUUAUUUGACGGCCAUGCUACUGUUCCCCUUCUCUCUUCCUUGGCAGGGACUCCCCAUGAGAGGGAAGGAGGAAAGGGGUCUCCCCCAUCUGUGUACAGUCUGCCCCCCACCCUGCGAUUGCCUGCCCCAUUGACCUGCCUGGCUGGAUCCUGUGUGACACCCCAGCACCUAUCAUUCAGGGGUCCAAAUGCCCAAAGGCACGUCUCUCUAUGUGCCCAUUAUAACAUCUCUAAGUGGUUCCUAGAUUCAAAUGCAUUCCAUACUUUUAGUGCCCUGGGAAAGGAGAGGGAAGGGUACUGUCACCCCAGGAAUGGGGCACGUGCUUAUUGCCUUGGCACCUGGAAGAUUUUGUUCUCACCAAUCUAGCAGAGACUAGAGAAGUCAACAGAAAAAAGAUGGACACAUUCUUCAGCUGUAACAUAGCAUGCUCUGCAAAGCCAGUGUAAAAAUAACCGGGGCAGGGGUGUGUGUGGCAUUUUGCAGCUGGGUAAUCUGAUCUGCAGAGAUCUGUCCAAGGUCAGGGGCUUGGCAGCAGCUCCUGGCCACGCCUACAGCUCCCAACCGUGGACCUCUCUGCCCCGUGUGUCCAGCCCUGCUCCCAGCCCGUUGACUUUAGCCUCUCAACAGCACUGCCUCCCUGGGUUACCCAGUGAGGUGGGAUUUUUCUCCUGUUCAUGCUGCAAAUCUCCUUGGCUCAGGGCCAGCCGUCUUGAGCUUACAGCCGCGUCCCAACGCAAAGCGCCUCAUCUCAAUGCCGCUGACCGUGGUGACACAUGUGGUAUAGUUUCACUAUCUGCCCAGGUGGCUUUGGCUCAAGUGGCAUGGCUGGUGCUUGUCCCCGUCAGAGCCUCAAGUGCCUACAACAUGCUACCCGUGCCCUCGCCUGCUCAUCUGUAAUGUCCCCACAGUGCCUGUGACACUUUCUUCUUCUUGGGAUAUGCAUCACCUGCUUGCCUGGUAGCCAAUUACAUAGAUAUCACGGAAGCCCUGGAUGUCAGCCGUCUAAUGUCCACUAAUACUCAGCAAAUCCUGCCCUGGGGCUGUGUGUGUGUGUUCUCAAAGAAAUGGCUUCUUUGUAUAUGGUGGCUACUGUUUUCUAGGCUUGGAGCUGAUAAAAAUUGUUGAACCUGA